AUGACCCACCCAUUCCUCACCACAAUUGGAAAUCUUUCUCCUAUAACGAUGGACAAAUAUACUACGAAAGAGGAUAUCCUCCGAUUAGGCAUCCUAGACCCAGAACUUGAGGCAGUAAGCGACUCCAUUCUUCCACAUAGUCCACCUCCAGCAAUGGACUUUUCAGGGCCUAUGGACAAACUACGCCAAAUAGUAUCAACAAUGGAGCAGACAACAUACAAUUCCUGUCCAAAAUUUGAUGCAACAGAGUCUGUGAUUAACAUCACGAUGCGCGAUGGGUACCGAAACAGCCUCCACAUCACCAAGCCGGGCAACUCAUCUGGAGCAAACCCAGUAGUUGUUCUAAUUUUCGGAGGAGCAUUUGUCAUGGGUACCAACAUCCAAUCUGUCAUCUGGGCUCGCACGAUUGCAAACCUAUACGGUGCUACUGUGGUACAACCAUCCUAUCGCCUAGCACCAGAACACAAAUUUCCCACCGCCCCGAAUGACAUCUGGGAUAGUGUACAAUGGAUAGCUACCAAUGCAUCUGCCUUCGAUGCAGACCUAUCCAAGGGAUUUGUCAUAGGUGGUGGCUCGGCAGGCGGAAAUCUUUCCAUCGUGACAGCUCAUCGCUCAGUGAGAGAGAAGCUCUUUCCUCCAAUCACCGGAAUCUGGGCCAGUAUUCCUGUAUGCAUGAGCCAAGAGACAGUGCCAGAAAAAUACAAGGAAAUUUGGUUGUCUCGUGAGCAGAACGCCAAUGCUCCUGGAGCUCCAGGUCUUGAUACAAAGUCUAUCGGAGGAUACGAGGCUCUCUACGGGCAGGAUUUCUUGUCUGAAGACUUUUCGCCGUUUGUCUCGACAGCGCCGUUUUCUGCUAUUCCACGAACGUAUGUUCAGGUUGCUGGGCUGGAUAUCCUCCGCGACGACGGUAUCGUUUAUGCAAAGGCUUUGGAAGACAACGGCGUUGAGGUGAAGCUUGAUGCUUACCCUGGCAUGCCACAUGGUCAUUUCAAUUUAUGGCCAGAGCUGAAGCAGUCGAUUAAGUCCCAAGAAGAUACAAUUUGGCAUGCUGGAUGGCUUUUGCGCCGCGAAGUGCCUAGAGAAAAAGUAGAAGAACUUGUGGCUUUGAUUGUGAAAUGA